CAGAUGUGGCCCACACCCAUUCAAGAGAGAGAGAAAAAACACAUUGCGCAUGGGUCUCCAACUUAACAGUACUGUCAACUUAACAGCAAAACAGUUGCAGAAAUUCAUAGAGGAAAGGGAGUUAAAGGAAAACGUGUUGCUUGACUUGGAAUUGUAUUGACUGACAUCAUCAUGGACGCAUCAACCACAGCAGGUAUGGCAAUAACCAUGACAGACCCAGAAACAGAUCCAGCUCAAGUGUUCACUAAGGUCGUCACACAGAGUUUUACAGAACACGUCACACAACACUUCAGAGCUGGAGUUCUGAUAGAAGCUUCUGGAGAUAUGAGUGAAACAACCCCAGGAACUUUUACAGUGGGCGCCGCCAAAGUAAAUGAUGGAUCCUUUGAAGCCAUUCUCGGAGGAGUCAUUUUUGCGCUGCUCCUGGCGCUGCUCUGUCUGGCGUUGCUGGUACUACGCUACAUUAUCAAGCAUAAGGGCACUUACCACACCAACGAGGCUGAGUGUGGUGAUUCUGUCGACACGUCUAGCGGUGCCUCUCCAAGCGAGCAGGUUCAACUAGAGAUUUUGGACGAGGAAGAAUAGAAAGAAGAAUACUUAAUUUGAAACAGGACUUUUCCCGAUUCUACUCAAGAUGCCAGAUAUUUUCUAUGGAAUUGGAAAUGCCUAUGAUGGUCAUCUAAUAUCAAGGCAACAUUUAUAUGGGGCAUAUAACCAUCUCAGCUCUGCAGAUUUUGCUACGAAGCGACAGAAUCACUAGAUCACUUAUUUUUGUAUUGCCCCUUUAUACACUAUACAGUGAGGGGAAAAAGUAUUUAAUCCCCUGUUGAUUUUGUACGCUUUCCCACUGACAAA